AUGACACGACCGCAGCAGCCACGAAUAGAUUUGAAUCAUGGAUACAUGCGAUUCAUUCGAAGGAAUCAACUGGAUCGCGACGAAUACGACCGGGUGCACGAGCAACGAAAGUCAGAGAUUCGAGAACGAAUCGGUGAAUCGCAGAGAUCCAUUGAACCAGUAAAGAAACCAAAUGUCUAUAUCCCACCACAUCUACGGCGUCAAUUGAAAGAAAUAGAGGAGAAGAGGGUUGAAGCUUCUGAGAAAGCUCCCCGCUCCAUAUGCCGAUCGGAUUCCGACUCGCAAGACGACGAAAAAGAAAUUUGUCCUAUUCUGAAAAAACAAAGAGAAGCAGACGACCAUGUACGAAAGCAAGUUCGUCGUAGAAUUGAACGAACUUAUCCAACCGUUGAUGAUAUAUGUUGCACAUUGGCUAACUACAGUCUGCAGGAGACAUCGGAGAGAUAUUCUAUUAGAGAUGGAGAGGAGGAUCUAUUCACGUUGGAGUUGACACUGAAAAAUGGAGAUAAGAAGACGAUUGGGGUGCCUCGGAACACCAAAGCAGCUCGCCUUGCAAAAUCUCUCUCCCGAGAGUACAAUUUCGACGAUUCUCAAUGUCGAAACUUACGAAUUUUCAUCGAAGAACAAUUGGAACAUCGACUUGCUCGCGAGGCAAGAAGAUCCCGAUCACCUGACCCUUCUGUUCCAACGUCUCCAAUGUCAUCAACGUCUUCGUCUUCCUCGUCGAUUACUUUUUCUAUGGCCCGGGCGCGCGUCCUCCCAACCGACUUCAUCAUUCCUAACAUAAUUAAUCCACCACAACCGUUGCCGCAACAACCUCCUCGUCGGUUAUACGCACACGAUCAAUCAUCAGUGACGCCAAUGACGAUGGUGAAGACGUUGGUGGCGUUAGCUACCGAGCGAAUGCUUCUCAAAACCAGCGGUCCUACAUUUUUGCGUGGAAUUGAGUUCAUGUACGCAGCAGGUUUGGCGCCUGAUCGUCUAUCGGUUAUGAUGACCUCAUCACACAAAUAUGUUCUCCAGUUUCACUCAAAAUGCGAUAUAAGACCAUUCGCGGCCAAUUAUCCGAAUUUCGGGAGAGUUUUGAGAGGCAUUGUACACGUCCGCGAAUGGCGUAUAAAGUCGAUUGAGUUCGUAAACGUAGCGUUUUAUAUGCGUGACGUUGACAAUUUGGAGCGCGCCAUCGAGAAACUUGGCGUGGAAUUGGUUCUUCUCCGUAAUUGUACAUAUCCGGGUGUUCAACGAGGAGAUGAGGCUGUUAAAUUUCUGUCAGCUCUUAAUCGAAAAAAGCAGGCAGUUGUAUGUGAAUAUGGCGAUGAUAGACUGAAACACAGAAUUGGCAGACGGGCCAGUGGACACAGGACGCGAAGGGCAAGCAGAAACGGACAAGAAGUCGUGGCGCCACCAGGUGAUGGUGCGGAAGCUAUUAUUGCUCCGGGAGCAGCACAACCAGCUGCCAUUGUACAAGUCGGUGCACUAGAAGAGAAUGUUCCGGCAGUAAUUGCACCACAUGGUGCUCGUGUGCACGGCGCUGCUCCUCACGGAAUUCGUCGACCAAUACCUCCUAAUCCUGAACAAGUCCGUCAGAUGCAACAGAAUCCACAGAUGAUCCCUCCGCGACUGGCAGUUCCAGUCGAGCGAAACGCAGAUGUUCCUCCAGCUGGAAUAGCUCCAGCUCCCCGAGUUGUCGAGCCCCAAAUUCGAAUUCUUGGGCAACCAGCUGGUAACAGCAAUGGGAGAGUUGUAGUCGGAGCACAUGUAUAUGAGUUCCGUGCCAUCGAUGCGCCAAAUGGAGAUGCAACUCCCCGUUAUCAUAACGUCAAUCAUCUUAUCAAUGUGCUCAAUGAUAAUUCGGCGAAUGACGUUCGUGUAAUUGUCCUCCCUAGUCGUGGCGGCGUUCCAGGAGCCGCAAUCAAUAUUAACAAUAACGAUAACUACGUCUUUCGACAAAUUACCCACCAAGAAGCUGUUGGAGCACCGCGACCCGGAGAUCCCAUUCAACAUCAUUUUGUUGCACCAAUCAGAGGAGAUCGUGCGAUUCAUAUGGGCCAGCUCGGAAAUGCUCAACAGCAACAACAGCAACAAGCUCAAUACGAUCAACAGCCGGCUCAGUUGAUGGUGGCACCACAAGCUCCUCGACCACAACGAUUUGUGCCACAGCAAGUGUGGGAUGCUUAUCCAAUAAAUCGUGCCGAUGCCGGUCAAAUUCCACAAGUACAAGCAGCCGCGCCGGAGCCAGUUCCGAUGUUUGGAGAUGCUGUCAAUGAACCACAGGUGCAAAGAAACGGAGAUGAAUCCAAUGACUCAACGGAUCGCGAAGAAAUGGACGAUGCCGAGCAUCAGAGAAACGAGGCAUUGAGAGAUUUAGUCGCAGAUCCCGAAGCCCAACCGAAUUUCGCUCCAGUUGACGCACAAGCUGUGGAUUUAGAUAUGCUGGAAGAAGAAGGGGAAGCUGAAGACGAUGAAGUGAUGGAAGGAGUCGUUAUGGAUGGACAGUUCAUGAUGGACGACCAAGCAGUCAUGCAGUAA